GCGGCUACCUGCCGGAGAAUGGACGGCGGGGCGCCGUAACGCGCGUGGGUUUAGGAGGCGCAGGUGGCGGAGAUGCGGUGCGUCGUACAGGUGGACGUGGUGCUGCUGAUGGACGCCGCGGACCGCCGCUUUGGCUUCUCUGUGGCGGGCGGCCAGGACGACGGCGCCUCUGCCCGGGUGGACCACGUGCAGCCAGGCUCGCCCGCCGACAAAGCGGACCUGGAGGUGGGCGACGAGAUCCUGGAAGUGAACGGCCGGAGCCUGGAGGACGCCAGCCACACCGAAGUCAUCUCGCACAUACACCAGUGUAUCCGGUCCCGGACGAUAUGUCUGCGAGUGAAGCGACGCAGCGGCAACCGUCUAGGUGAGUAG